UGGGAGUGAUUGGAUGGUUGUCUCCAUCUGCUGCCAGUUCUCAGGUCAUUUCAUUAUCCAGCUUCUACCCAGAGCAGCCCUUAUCUCCAGCUCUUUGCUAUCCCCACCUGUGUUCUGCCUCUCUGUCCUCCUUCCUUCUGCUCUCAUUAUCCAGGGUAUGGUAGAACACAUUGCUGUUGCUCUGUGUCUCUUAUGCAAUCCAUAUCCUGUGCUAUGUGAGCUUUCCUAGCUCUCUCCUUCCCAUGUCCUCCUCCUGAUCUCCUCAUUCCAGCUUAUUUCCUCCACCCAGCUUCACUGCAGCUCUACGCUCUCCACCACCAGUUCCGUCUUCAUACCUCCAGGAUGAGGCUACAGAACAAGGUGUGUCCAACAAAGGUGACUUUGAUACUGUUUUUCGGUCUACUGAUUGUCAUCUCAGAUGGUUCCAAACCAAUCAAACGUACACCACCGAAACCCAAAGGCUGUGCUGACCGCCAAGAGGAGGUGUUGGAGCAGAUGUAUGGGCACCUAGCAGCCAGCAUGCUCAGUGCCUACCACCACACACUGCAACUACAGCCACUGGAAAAGGAGAAUAUUACCUGCCCAGCUGGGAUCCAUGGAAGGGCCCAAGCGGAAGGCAAGCAGCAGCUGCCGGUCAAUAUAAACAGCAUUUCUCCAUGGGCAUAUAGGAUUACAUAUAACCCCAUGAGAUACCCCAAGUACAUCCCAGAAGCAUAUUGUCUGUGUAAAGGUUGCCUGACAGGUCCCUUUGGAGAAGAGGACUUCAACUUUCGAAGUACACCCGUCUACAUGCCCACUGUCAUACUUCGACGUACAACUUCAUGCACAGGGGGUCGGUAUGUCUAUGUUGAGGACUACAUUACAAUUCCAGUGGGCUGCACCUGUGUGCCAGAAUCAGAGAAGGAGAUUGAACCAGAUAGUGUUAACUCAAGCCUAGAGAAAGAAAAGUUCAAAGUUCCCAUAGAGAAAACGGAGAAACCAAGAUCCAUCUGAACGUGGAGAUGACAUGACAAGCAGGACAUAGGAAAGAAUGAUGUCUCUAGG